AUGACAGCCCUACUUCUGCUACUGCCGCUGGUCUUCGUGGCUUCAGCCAUCAUCUAUAAGGCGGUGUCAAUUCUGUACAAUGUCUUUUGUUCUCCUCUCAAGAAUGUUCCAGGCCCUAUCCUUGCACGUUUCACUGAUCUGUGGUACAUAAACCGGAUUCGAAAAGGCCAUUUUGAGCACGACAAUAUCUCACUCCAUCGCAAAUACGGCCCUAUCGUGCGCUAUGGUCCCAACAGAUACAGCUUUGACCACCCUGAAGCCGCCCAGAUAAUCUACGGCGUCGGGAAAGCAGACAAGUUUGCCAAAUCCUCUUUCUACAGAGCUUUUACUACGCCAGAUCGGAAUCAGCCGUCCAUCUUCGCCCACGAGCACAUCAAAGAGCAUGCUCAAUUGCGCCGGCUCUAUCAGAGCACGCACGCCAUGUCAGCGCUUAUGUCGUAUGAGGAUUUUGUCGACGAGUGCUCAGACCUAUUUGAUCAACGACUUCGAGAAAUGGCUGGCGGUCGAGCAUUCGCAAGUGUUCAGCCACUUGUUGACCUGGGCAAAUGGUUCCAGUGUUACGCGUUUGAUGUCAUCAGUUUGAUAACCUACUCUACAAGAUUAGGAUUUCUCGACCAAGGGGUUGACAUAGCAGGUAUUAUAGCGUCUCUGGAAGGAUUUCUUUCUUAUGCCAGUGUAAUUGGUGUUUAUUCUUGGCUUCAUCCUUUCCUCUUUCACAUGCGCAACUCCCUUGCCGGUAAUACUGGCACCGGAAUCCAAUACGUCAUCCAAUUCACCGAAAAGCUCAUGAGAGAGCACCGGGCUAAGCCCAAGAACCUUGAUCUUGAGGACGAAGAUAAGCAACGCAUGGACUUCUUAUCCAAGUAUGCUGCUCGACACCGCAAAGAUCCAUUAACAUACAAUGGCUGGUAUGUCCUUAGCGGUUGCGCGUCUAACAUGACAGCUGGAUCCGACACGACUGGCAUCAGUCUUUCGGCCAUUAUGCACUUUCUCAUGAUGCAUCCCAAAGUUGCAGAUAACCUUCGUGAAGAGGUGAUUGAGCACCAGCCACGAGCAGCGCAUCCUCUCCACUUCAGCUUCAAGGAGACACAAGAGAUGCAAUAUCUACAGGCUGUAAUCAAGGAAGGGUUGAGGCUGCAUCCAGCCGUCGGUCAACCCUUAGAACGGGUCGUCCCUGCAGGCGGGGCAACAAUUGCUGGUCAAUUCUUCCCAGAAGGAACAAUUGUGGGAAUCAACUGCUGGGUAGAACACCAUAGCUCAAUUUUCGGCCCCGACCCACAAGCAUUCCGACCAGAGCGCUGGCUCGACAGCAGUAGAGAUAGGCUUGAUGCAAUGAAUCGUCACUGGAUGCCGUUUGGCGUGGGUGCUAGAACAUGUAUUGGGCGACACGUCUCCAUGUUGGAGAUUUCCAAACUCAUACCGCGCCUCAUUCGCGACUUCGACUUCACCUUCCCCAGUGGCAAUCAUGAGACUAAGGAACUGAAAACAAACAAUCGCUGGUUUGUAAAGCCGAAGGGUUUCAAUGUACAAAUCCAAGCUCGGGACUAG